GUUCUGUAUUUAUUUAACCAGUUCAAUCACCCAGUGUAAGAGCUUUGAGCUGUGACUGACAGUGAUCCCGGAGUACGUGGAAUCCUGCUUAUACGUACUGUUCAAAAGUUUUAGGCAGGUGUGAAGAAAUAAGAGCAGACAGCAGGUAUUUAUAAGAUGACUGCAAUAUCCAGAGAUCAUGGAGUUCAAGAGUGUGUUCCUGAAUUUGUACAGAUGAAUAACCUGGCCUGUGAGUCUGUUGGAGGAAAGGUGUUAUUUGCAACUGAUGACUGGUUUGCUGCUGCAGAAAAUUUAUUGAAAAAAAAUGACCCAGAAUUUAAAGUUGGCCUCUUUACAGAAUAUGGCAAAUGGAUGGAUGGUUGGGAGACAAGAAGGAAGAGAAUUCCAGGUCAUGAUUGGUGUAUUAUUGAACUGGGUGUUCCAGGGAUAAUUUAUGGAUUUCAUGUGAACACACGAUUCUUCACUGGAAACUACGCUCCUCAAAUUUCUGUCCAAGCUGCAUGCUUAGAGCCAGAAAAAAGAGCAUUGCCACCACGUGGGGACAGAAUUGGGUCUGCUGCUUCAGAGGAAGACUAUCAAGUUGCAGAAAAGUUUAAGUCAGAAAACUGGGACUAUCUUUUAAAAAUGGUGGAGUUAAAGCCAGGAUAUGAGGAGAGCUCUCACAAUUACUUACAUGUCAGUUCAAGAAAAAGAUGGACACAUGUUCGCCUCAAUAUAUACCCAGAUGGUGGUAUAGCAAGAUUUAAAGUGUACGGCAUUGGACAGAGAAACUGGUCCUUGUGUAGUCCAAAUGACUUGGAGGAUCUUCUGUCAAUGGUUAAUGGAGGUGUGUGUCUUGGAUUCAGUGACGCACAUUAUGGACAUCCUCGGAAUCUCAUAGGAACAGGAAAAGCAGAUGAUAUGGGUGAUGGCUGGGAAACAGCGAGAAGACUGGAUCGUCCUCCAAUAUUAAAGGCAGAUGACAACGGCAUUCUCCAGGUUCCAGGAAAGGAAUGGACAGUUUUUCGUCUUGGUCACCCAGGUCUCAUAACACAUAUAGAAGUAGACACCAACCAUUUUAAAGGUAAUUCACCUAACUCAUGUAAGAUAGAAGCGGCAGUUCUGACACCUAAAGAAGAGGAAGAGAAAACCAAAGCAAAAUGGGAUGUAAAGUUGGACGACAUUUGGAAAACACUUCUUCCUAUCACACAGCUUCAACCUCACAAGCAGCAUUUCAUUGAAGGAACUUUAAUUUCACUGCAAGAGGUUGUGACUCAUGUGAGGAUCACUAUUGCUCCAGACGGAGGUGUAAGCAGAGUACGGCUCUGGGGUUUUCCACGACAGCUUCCAUAAGAAGAUAUCAGCAGUCAAAGGAGAGGUUGAUUUGUGAACUUUUUGAACCUUUGAUCUUCUGCUUGAUCACUGCAAAAUGUAUUAUGCAAAAGACUUAUGUAAGGAUCACUAUUGCUUCAGGUGAAGGUGUAAGAAGAGGGCAGCUUGCUGGUUUUCCAUGACAGAUUUUAUUAGAAUAUACUAUAACAAUUAGUCAAAAGAGAAGUUGAUUUAUGAUUAUUUUUACUUUUUAAUCUAUUGGUCUUCUUGAUUCACAUGAAAUGUAAAUGCAAAGAUUUUAUCAAUUUAAAUAAACACGUUGUGAAUACCAGUAAGAGGAAA